AUGAAUUUUUCUUUACUUUCUACAAUGCUAAUGGCAUUGUCUUCUGUUUGCUUGUUUUUUGUUGGUUAUGCGCAGCAAUUUUCAGGAAGUGUAGCAGUUUCAGCACUUUUCGCUUUCGGAGACUCGAUACUCGAUACCGGCAAUAACAACAAUCUAAACACUCUUUCCAAAUGCAAUUUCUUUCCGUAUGGUAGAAAUUUUAUAGGCGGAAAAGCUACUGGAAGAUUUGGAAAUGGAAGAGUUUUCUCGGAUAUGAUUGCCGAAGGUUUGAAUGUAAAAAAACUCUUACCCGCUUACCGCGAUCCCAACCUUUCGAAGAAUGAUCUUCCAACCGGUGUUUGUUUUGCAUCCGGUGGAUCUGGACUUGAUGAACGCACUGCCAGAUCACAAGGAGUUAUAUGGGUGCCUGAUCAGGUGAAAGAUUUCAAAGAAUAUAUCAUGAAACUAAACGGCGUCGUACGAGAUAAAAGAAAAGUAAACGCGAUUAUAUCAAACGCUGUUUAUCUAAUCUCAGCUGGAAAUAACGAUCUUGCAAUCACCUAUCCUACUCUAAUGGCACAAUAUACUGUUUCAACCUACACUGAUCUUUUGGUCACUUGGACUGAUAAUCUUUUAAAGAGUCUAUAUGCAAUGGGUGCAAGAAAGUUUGCGGUUCUUGGAACACUUCCGUUAGGUUGCUUGCCAGGAGCAAGACAUACAGGUGGAAAUUUUGGGAAUAUAUGCUUAGUCCCUAUAAAUCAAGUGGCUGCUAUAUUCAACCAAAAAUUAUCUGCAAAACUUAACAAUCUUCACACAAUACUUCCCGGCGCCAAAUUUGUCUAUGUAGACAUGUAUAAUCCUCUCCUUAAUCUCAUCAACAAUCCUCGGGCUUCAGGGUUCAUUGAUGUGGCUGAUGGAUGUUGUUGUAUGCCGACAUCGCCGGUUCCGUGCCCUGAUGCAUCUCAGUAUGUGUUUUGGGAUUUUGCCCACCCGAGCGAGAAGUCAUAUAUGACGAUUGCGCCAAAGAUUAUAGAAGGAAUCAAGAAGAAUCUUGCAUGA